AGAAGGAUGUGAUAGGACUGGAGCGAAAAAUCGGGGUUCGGAUACGUGAACAUAUUUACUGCAGCCUUCUCAUGGAAAUAUUACCAUGGAUGACUUAGAAAACAACAUCUUUAAUUCUGUGGAGGAAGAGAUCAUUUACUGGAAAAGUGUGGCAAUGAAAUAUAAGACAUGCUCUGAGGAAGCCCAACAGGAGCUGCAGGAGUUUCAGGAGGCCAGUAGAGAAUAUGAAGCAGAGCUAGAGGCUCAGCUCCAGCAGAUUGAGGGUAGAAACAGAGACCUCUUCUCUGAAAACAACCGUUUGCGAAUGGAACUUGAUGGCAUUAAGGAAAAGUAUGAGGAGCAACAUUCAGAAAACUAUGUACAGAUAUGUUCAUUGGAAGGAGAUCUCUCUCAAACCAAAGCAGUCCGAGAUCAACUGCAAAAGUACAUUCGGGAGCUAGAACAAGCUAAUGAUGACUUGGAGAGGGCUAAGAGAGCUACAAUAAUGUCUCUGGAGGAUUUUGAGCAGCGUUUAAAUCAGGCCAUUGAGAGAAAUGCUUUUCUUGAAAGUGAGCUGGAUGAAAAGGAAAAUCUUCUGGAAUCAGUGCAGAGACUAAAGGAUGAAGCUCGAGAUCUGAGGCAGGAACUGGCUGUGCAGCAGAAGCAAGAGAAGCCUAAAUCCAACAUGGGCAGUCCUGAAACUGAACGAAUGGACACAUCAGUUAAAGCUUCAGUAGCCAUUCCCUCAGCUCCUUUAACGCCUUUAAGUCAAAGAGGAUGUGCUUCUACUCUGACCUCUCCCCUGUCAUUCAGAACAAGUUUGGAUGAUGGUUAUAGCGGUACCCCACUAACACCGUGUGCACGGAUAUCCGCAUUGAACAUAGUAGGAGAUCUGCUUAGAAAAGUUGGGGCUCUGGAAUCUAAGCUGGCAUCUUGCAGAAAUUUUGUGCAUGAGCAGUCUCCCAACAGGCCACUUACAUCGGUGUCGGCUAGAAUGAACAAAACUAGAGAAGGCAUUGAAAACAGAUUAAGUAUGGCCAGCGGAUCAUCUGUUGAAAAGGGAUUAAUAAAGCGACUGGAAUUUGGAUCAUUACCUUCAAACACGCCUGUGCAGGGGAUGCACUCGCCUCAAGGGGUAGUUAAGAUGAUAAUUUAGAAACUGCAGGCUUUAAUUUAUUGUUUUAAUAGAAUUUUACAAUGGAUACUAUGCACUGGACUCAUGCAGCUCUGAGACUGGACUUCUGUGGACAUUUGUAAGGAGUGCGUGAGCUGCUAAGACAUGGACCAUUUUUAAUUUCACUGUUACUAAACCACUGUUUACAGUUAUUCAAAAUAUUGUCUGGGAAAGCGGUACAGAGUUAAAAUUUAAUGAACAGGCUGCCGUAGUUUGUAGUACAGCACCUGGCAUACAUUCAGGUUUCUAGAUGGGAGAUUGUAUGAUUGUCUGCAGGUAUAUCUAGCAGCCCUUUUGGGAUAUGUAUGAAAAAUAUAUUUAUACUCUGACUGCAAGAACUCAAGGCCAUUCCCCAACCCAAGUUGACAUGGCUGUGCAGCAGUGGUGGGGCUAGGCCAGACAUAACUAUGAAUAUUUGCCUGAAUUCCAGGGACAACCAUUACAGGGAGGCUAACCAGUAAAAAUAAGUCAUCUGACUUUGUCAACUUUCUUGCAUUACCUCUUCAAGCAUGACCAAAAUGUUUGGUUUGGGGGCUUUAAAGGGGGUGUUCAACAUUUAAAGCCCUUGUGAAACAGAUCAUCUAUUUUUUUUUUUUUUUUAUAUAUAUUGCUGACUUUCCUAUUUUGCCCUCCAUUUUGAAAUGUAAUAUUCAACUUUGAUUUUUUAUUAUAUCUUAUGUGCUUACAUUCAAACUACUGAUUUCUAGAGACAGUGAGCCCUAGGGGCCAGCUGUUGAAAUAGCUACCAAACUGGGCAGAUGCAGGAAAAAGCCUACAAAGUUUAGACCAAUUGCAUCUUUUUUUUAUUUUUCUGCCCUGUGCAAUUUUUGCUCAAGUACUUAUUCAAGGAAAUUAACAAGUGCCUUUAGUGAAUUAUGAAAACUAACAUGCUUUUUCAUUCUGGGCAUAUUCGGAUUUUCAAGUAGACAACAGAUGUUAUGUAAUGUUAGCUAUGCUGUAACUGUUGCGUAUGGCAAGUGCUAAAAUGUAAUUCUGCUGAGUUGCCAUGCCCUUAAUGCAUAUGUACAAAGUCCACCCACUGUGGUUACAGGCAGAUACUGUUCCAAUACACCUUGCAUUGUGCUAGUACAAAUGCUUAUAAGGAAUAUGUGCUUACUGUGUAGCAUGUGCUCACAAUGAGAUCUAGUUGGGCAUGCAUUUCUGCUGCUGAUACCCUGAUAAAUGUCAGAUAACAGCAGAAUUUUAAAAUUAUAAAAAUAGAGCUGUAUUUGAAGGAGGACUAAAGAUCAACAAAGAAUUGGGCUUGAACCUUAUAUUUUGAUCCUUAGUACCAGCCAAACACUAAAACAGCCCUUUAACAGUUAAGAUAUGUGCCUCUGACAGCAGCACUGAGCAUGUGUAAUAAACGAGGAGCUACUGGGGCAUUUUCAGUUUCCUGAGCUUAGGGACUGACUCACAAUAUACAGUUAACAAUACAAAGCUGGUUAGUAAUUCAGAUGUCAUCAAAGCAAUUGGUGAAUUUUGGAUCAAAUUGAUAACUGAGCCUUUAGCUUCUGUGACCAUUGUAACUGCAAGUUUUGCUAAUGUUUUAUGAUUUUUUGUGACCCCUAAGCUUAGUUUCUCAACAACGGCACAAAGAGCAUAUGUGCAGUGUCAGUGGCAAUUAGAGGUUAUUGCUGUUAAGGGUUGCUAAACUUCAAUGCUGGUACACUAAGUUCAGGAUAUAAAAACACAGCUUUUCUACACAUUCUUUUAGGCUUUAGUUCUCCUUUAUAUACUUUAUAUAUAUCUCCUGUAUAUACUCCAUUCCACUUGAGAGCACUUCUGCAUCUUUUGCAUACUGUGCAUUAGUUGUACAUAAUAAAAAUAAUUCUCUAGA